AAUUUUCAAAAUGGAAUCGAUUUCAGCAAGUUCUAGUGACGGAGAAUCUCUGUAUGAGAGCACUCUUGAACAAGUGGUAGCUUUUGACAAGAAGAAAAACAAAGUUUAUAAAUCAAAAUCUCAGAACAGUUCGAAAAGACAGAGGAAAAAUCGAAAAUUAAAGCGAAAUUCAAGAAAGAAUUUCAAUUCUGAUGAGGAGUAUUAUAGUGAUCGUAACGAUAGUGAUGAAGAUACUAACGAGCACCACAAUGAAAAGUUUUCAGCAAUAAAUUGCCAUAAAUCAAUUGCUCCAUAUACAAGAAAAAUUACUGGAGGAAACAAUAAGCCUAAGGAGAAUGCUUCUCACAUGGAAUAUAGCAGUGAUUCCUCGGAUAAUGAAGAAGAUACCUCUAGAAACUCAGGUGCUUUGGUCACAUCAGAAGGCAAUACCAACAAAAUAAAUAUCAAAUAAAUACCAGGUGGAAGAGGCAAUGAUCCAGAACUCGGUCAUGAGAGAGAGCCAUCGCAAAAAAAUGCAAAGAAAGAGUCGUAAGGCAAGACAAGGAAUGAAGGGUCAUAGCAGACUUGAACCCACUAAGAAGAGGAAAUACAACUUCACAUUCUCCUCUGAUGAUGAAGAGGAAGAAAAGCAAGGGAAAAUAAAGCAAAGGGAUGAAUCCAUCCUCGAAAUUGACUCAUAUGAAAACCAUGAGCUUACACAAGAUAGUUCUACAGGGAAAAUUUUUAAGCGGAACCUUUCCCUUCUUGUUUUCAGAAAGGAUUUUGACGGGAUCUCUCAACAGUAUGAGCAUGGCUUUAUCACACAAAAGGAUUUAAUCAAGAAAGAUCAUAGAGGCAAUAACCCGUUGCAUCUAGCAGCUAAGCUUAGUAAGCUAGACGAAGAGUAUCUCCUCAUCACUGAAUAUUUACUCGAAAUCGGAGGCAAUCAUAAAGAGAAAGAUAGCGAUGGCUGGGAGAUGACUGACGAGGCUAUCAACAAUUCCAAUAUUCGGCUACUAGAAAUCAUCUAUGACUUCUGAGUUAAGAGGAAGAAGAGCCAGAUUGCAGAACGUCAACAAAUUAUUAAUAAUCUCAAGAGUAUUCCUGACUUUUACAUGGAAUUAAAAUGGGAGUUUAACAGUACGGUUAUCCCAUUUUUCUCUAAAUUUACUCCAAAAGAUACAUACAAAAUAUGGAAAUAUGGAAGCAGCUUGCGGCUGGACUUCACCCUGGUUGGGAUUGAGAAGCUAAAGGGCAAACGAAGAGACAUGAGCAUCAUCUUCAGAGAUGCACCUAGCGCAGACGACCCUUAUAAGGACUGCUAUGUUCUCCUACUUAAUAAGGAUAAAGGUAUCGUUGUUGAUCCUAUUGAAGACCAAGAUUACGAGGAGAAGGUAGCUGUUCUUCAAGAUAUCAUGAACUCAGAAUCAGUCAAAGCUGAUAUUGAGAUGUCUAACUUAGAAUUCAGGCCAGUAACUAAUAUGUGGGGAAGCCAGAAAACCUCAAAACUCAACGGCUCUAAAUGCUCUGAAUUCAAACUCGCCUUUGAAAGUAAAAAGAGGUUAGAAAAUAAAGGAACAGAUAUCUUUCAGUGGAUUGAAGACGAAUAUUUUGAUACUAAAAUAACUCAAGAAGAUCAUGUGAACAGAGUCUUACAACAAAAUCCAGAUCUUGAGAUACGAGAGCCAAAGGUUCAGAACAAGACAGAAAAGCGAAGUGCUUAUUUCUGGCUUGAUCCAAACUUUGAUUUAACCUCCCGGCAGUUCUUUAGUAUUCUCGAAACUCUACAAAAUGGAGGGAGCAUCGGGAUCCAAAAGUUGUACGACUUUCUUCAGCAUGAAGAGAUAAAUACCAGUUUACAGGAAAAUGGGUUUCCUGUAAAGAUAUCGAUUCCUUUUGGAUACACAAUCAAUGCUAAGAUGUCGUUAAACAAUUUCGAAUUCAUUGAGCAAGAUGCUACCUCUCAGCCUCAUUUGUUGCCAGAUGGCUGUGAAGACAUAUCAGAAGUUUUCAAGAUCAGUGAUGACUUAGUCAAAGUGUCCCGGAAAGAAGGCAUGAAGACCAUGAAGAAUAAAAGUAAAAGGCUUGCUUUUGCAGGUUUCAUAUACUCUUAA